UUGCAGGUUCGUAAUGGUGAACCACAGAAUCUCGUUUUUACGGUACCAGUGACGAGCCAGCAGCUAACGCAUAAUUAUCAGAUUCGAGUAGCGAAUGAUCGUUUUGUUGUUGACGAUAGCAUUAUUGCCGUUUCGAUGCAUAAUUGUGUGCUCCCAUCAUCGCAUCGACCACACACUGAUCUGCUCGAUUUGGAUCCUUUGCCUGUAACAGUACUGAAAAAUAAGAUGUUCGAGUCGGUUUAUAAUUUUCAAUAUUUCAAUCCAAUACAAACUCAGGUUUGUGACAGUCAGUUCACUAUUUGCAAAGACUCCGAUUAUUCACUUUUUAAUUAA